ACGGUCAGUGUGUGCACAGAUUAAGUUCUCCUUGCAUACACAAGAACGUUCAAAUUCAUCUGGUGUGCAACCUCGUAAAGAAAGACAGAUACUCAGUAGAAUUCAGAUGUAUUUGGAGCGGUAGAGAGAGUAUUUCCGUACAGCUGGUGUUUCCUCUCCUCCCACUUACUCUACUUCCCCUUUCAUGUAGUGUGAACGAGAGAGAGGGAGAGAGAGAGAGACAAAAAGAGAGAGCGUACUAACCGGUUCAUACUACUGAAACACAUGUCUCAACAGGACGAACGUUACAUGAGAAGAAGAAGCGCAAGGUGCUGCGAGUGUAAUUCUGCACUCUCUCACUGGUACUAUGAAAGAGAUGGACAGUAUUUCUGCAAAAAGGACUACUGGGCUCGCUUUGGAGAACAGUGUUGUGGAUGCUCAGAGAUCAUCACCACUGGCGUCAUUAUGGUGGCGGGAGAGCGCAAAUAUCAUUCAGAAUGUUUCAUCUGUGAACAAUGCAGCAUGUUCAUUGGAGAUGGGGAUUCAUACACUUUAGUGGAGCAUUCCAAAUUAUACUGUGAGCACUGUUAUUAUCAACUCGCAUCAGCGAGGCAUCCGGGGUCAAGUUCCAGGCUUCCUCACACCGUGGCUCUGGUGUCAUUUCCUCCUUCAGCAGAGAGCAGGAGUGGUCUCUCAUUCGCUGUGGAUCAGUGCCCUGUCAAUGGAAACAGCCCCAUUAUCAAAAUAUCCCAGUUAGAUACGUCCAAUACCAGUCCUGAAAUUAAGGAAAUGAUUCAUGUUGGAGACUCUGUCCUUGAAAUCAAUGGACUCUCAGUCCAAAACAUUCCACCCAAUGAGAUUGAUUCGAUGAUCCGUGACAUUGAGCACUGCCUGAAACUCACUGUUGAACACAACCCUGAUGGCCUUUCUAGUCAGGAGGAUCAAUCUUGUCUGUUGGACGAAGAAGCAGACCAACCAGGGAAAUUAGACUUCCACAGUAUCCGCCACCGCUCCAAACACGUUAUGCGCAGUUGCAGCAUUGAAAAAAGCCCCUGUUCACAAAGCUACUUGCUGCUGCCCUCUCACAGAAGAAACCUUAAUCGCUCCGUAUCUCUGCGUGACGAUCCAGUUGACAAAACACAGCGCAUUUUCCGUCCCUCCGACCUCAUAUACGGGGAGGUUCUUGGCAAGGGCUGCUUCGGACAAGCCAUCAAGGUGACACAUCAGCAAACAGGCGAAGUCAUGGUGAUGAAGGAACUUCUUCGUUUUGAUGAAGAGACCCAGACAACAUUUCUCAAGGAGGUAAAAGUGAUGCGCUGUCUGGAUCACCCAAAUGUCCUGAAAUUUAUUGGAGUUCUUUACAAAGACAAGCGAGUAAACUUAAUCUCGGAGUAUGUGCCAGGAGGGACUUUGAGGGAAACCAUACAGAAAAUGGGCAGUGAUCAUCCAUGGAAACUCAGAGUAAGCUAUGCAAAGGACAUUUCUGCAGGAAUGGCAUACCUGCAUUCCGUGAACGUCAUCCAUCGAGAUCUGAACUCACACAACUGCCUUGUCAGAGAGAACCAUUCUGUCGUGGUGGCAGACUUCGGGUUAGCCCGACUCCUGAAGGAGGAUAAAUCUCAGACAAAGAAUUCUUCUCCUGAGCAAGCAUCAAAGCUGAGUAAGCCACAUAGGAAAAAAAGAUAUACAGUGGUGGGGAACCCAUACUGGAUGGCGCCCGAGAUGAUCCGCGGUAUUAGCUAUGAUGAACGUGUUGAUAUCUUCUCCUUCGGAAUCAUUCUCUGUGAGAUUAUUGGCAGAGUGUAUGCUGAUCCAGACUAUCUCCCACGCACUAUUGAAUAUGGACUAGGUGUUAAGGAAUUUCUAAAGCGCUACUAUCCAGCAGAAUGUCCAUCAGCCUUCUUUCCUCUUGCAGCUCUUUGUUGUGACACAGAAGCUGAAAAACGGCCCUCAUUUGCAAAGCUAGAAGAAUGGCUACAGAGCUUGCUGAUGCAUCUGGACAUCAGGCUUCCUCUAAUCUCAGAAAUAGAUAAAGUGCAGAAAGCUUUUUGGGAAAACCACAGCGAUCGUCAGCAUGAAAAUGGUUUACAAUCUGAACAAAAAUAGAGGCGAGAGUCAUGUCAGGAGCAACGCUGUGGAUGAUUAUUCAUCACUGUGUUUGAAGAAACUGUGGACAAGCUAAAACAAACUGUGAAGGGACAAUUCGUUCAUGGAUGUGGUCAUUUCAGGACAAUCUUUUAAUGGCCAUUUUUUACUGUAGAAAUUGAAUUUAGCAAUAAUAAGGGAGCCUGUAGCCAUAUAAGGUAGUAAGUAAAAAAAAGAAAAGAAAUAUACUGAUCAAAUUAAGCUAAAUGCUGGGAGUAAACAGGAUUUUAACUUAUAAAAAAAUUAACUUAUCAAAAUGUGAAUCAUUGCAUGAAACCAGGUACAACCUGGCUAAUGUAUAGUUUUAACUGUUUUUUUUUUUUUUUAAUGUUAGAUAAUAUCUACACAUAAUUUAUUUAUAUGAACAAUGUGUUGUUAUUUUUAAGUGAAGAUUUUUUUAAAACCCCUGAACUUUGUACCAUGGUAAAAUUCUUAAAGAUUUUAUGAUCCUGAAAUAAAAACCGAUUUCAAAUGUUCAGAAA